UCCUACCAUAAAUAAAACAGUUUUCAUCUAACAACAAACGUUCCUGAAAAACGUGCGGAGCCUCGGCUUCAAAACCAAAACAUCUGCCCAAUGUGAGAAGGAAAGAGGGAGAGGAAAAGGCGCUGGUUUCAUAAUGCCAUUCAUGAAGCGCUUUGGGAGUGUGAUAAUCCGGUCAUGGGCAACAAAGCACCAAAAGCAUCAUGUUGCUUCUCUUCAAAGCUUAUGUAGAAAUGUUUCCCACACUGUCUCAGCAGCCAAGGAUGGCCAGAAAGAAAAUGAUAGAAACUCCAAUCACGGCUCCUCCUACACCCGCACAGCUCUGGGACUAGGUGCGGGUCUCAUCUUAGGUGCCACAGCAAAGACACUGUAUGAUGAAAGGACAAAGGACAAAGAAUUCCCUCGACGGAUUCUUCCAGCAGUGCAGGCAUCUAGCCCUCUACCUCCUGAGGAUGUGUCCGUGGCAGGAAAUGGAGAAGCUUCAGCCUUUUUCAAGAAGAGGGAUAUGUAUAAUUUUGUUGCAGAUGCCGUUCAGAAAGCUUCAGGUGGUGUUGUCUUUAUCUCCAUAAAUGAUACAAGGAGGCACAUUAUUCGGCAAUAUCAACAUCUGUCAAAUGGAUCAGGUUUCAUUGUCAGUGAAGACGGACUAAUUCUCACCAAUGCUCAUGUUGUCAGCAAUUUUCCCAAGUCUGUUGAAAUUAAGAGUAUUCUGCAGUUGUUGAAGAAAUUGACACAGUAUCAGAUCUAGCUUUGUUAAGAAUCAAUUGUACGGGACUUGUUCCUCUCAAACUUGGAGACUCAAGUGGAGUAAGACCAGGAGAGUUUGUAGCUGCCUUAGGCUGUCCUCUGUCUCUGUCAAACUCUGUCACUUUGGGUGUUGUUUCAUCUGCUGAUCGAGGGAGUGUUGAACUUGGUUUACGAGGGAAAGACAUGCAGUACAUCCAAACAGACGCAGCCAUUACUUUUGGCAACUCAGGAGGCCCUCUGAUCAACUUGGACGGAGAAGUCAUUGGAAUAAAUUCAAUGACAGUAACUUCAGGAAUCUCAUUUGCCAUCCCUGUAGAUCAUGCUAAGGAAUUUAUGAAGAAAGCUGAAAAGAAAAGAGUUGACCUGGCCAAAUAUCCAAAACCAAGCUCUACUCAGCGGCGCUACUUAGGUGUUACAAUGCUGACCUUGACAAAAUCCAUUCUACAAGAGCUGCAGUCUAGAGGUGGUCCCAUGUCAAGUAUUCCAUCAGAUAUCACACAAGGGGUCUUCAUAUGGAAAGUCGUUGUGGGUUCUCCAGCAUAUCAAUCAGGGCUGAUACCAGGGGACAUCAUUACCCAUAUCAACAAUGAACCAGUGGCAUCAUCAAGAGAUGUCUACAGAAGCCUUGAACACAAAGGAGAUUUGGUAAUGGUAGUGGUACGCAAUGGCCAACGCUAUAAAGUUAUUGUUUCUCCAGAGGAGUAACAACCAGUAUCCCAAGAGCUCAAUAACAAGAAAGAUUAGAUAUGGCAAAUAUUGUUCAGAAGUUUUAUAUUAUUUAUUUUUUCUCAGUGGAUUAUUAUUGUACUUAGAGAUUGUAACCAGUUUCAACUUUCUGUUGACAGAAAAUUUCAUACCUUCAGAAUAAAUGGAAAAAGGAAACAAAGCUUUAUUGUAACAGACAAAA